AUGGCGACCAAGGAGUCCUUCAAGACGUACACCGAGAACUUGAAAAAGUAUCUCGACCUCGACCAGCGGGGCAAGAUCAUGGCCGAGUACGUCUGGAUUGACGCAGAGGGCGGCACCCGAUCCAAGUCAAGAACUCUCGAUGCUAAGAAGAGCGGCGUCUACACCCCGGAGGAGCUUCCCACGUGGAACUUUGACGGCUCAUCCACCGGCCAGGCCCCCGGCGACAACAGCGAUGUCUACCUGAAGCCCGUCGCCGUCUUCCCCGACCCCUUCCGGGUCAACGGCGGCAACAUCAUUGUCCUCUCCGAGUGCUGGAACGCCGACGGCACCCCCAACAAGUUCAACAACCGCCAUGAGUGCGCCAAGUUGAUGGAGACCCACGCCAGCCACAAGCCCUGGUUCGGUCUCGAGCAGGAGUACACUCUCCUCGACCUCGACGACAGGCCAUAUGGCUGGCCCACCAACGGUUUCCCCGCUCCUCAGGGUCCUUACUACUGCGGUGUCGGUGCCGGCAAGGUUGUCCAGCGCGACAUUGUCGAGGCCCACUACAAGUGCUGCCUGUACGCCGGUAUCAAGAUCUCGGGUACCAACGCCGAGGUUAUGCCUGCCCAGUGGGAGUUCCAGGUCGGCCCUUGCGAGGGUAUCGAGAUGGGCGACCACCUCUGGAUUGCCCGCUUCCUCCUGUCCCGUGUCGCCGAGGAGUUCGGCGCCAAGGUCAGCUUCCACCCCAAGCCCAUCCCCGGCGACUGGAACGGUGCCGGUCUGCACUCCAACUUCUCGACCGAGGAGAUGCGCAAGGAGGGCGGCAUGAAGUACAUCGAGGAGGCCAUCCAGAAGCUGUCCAGCCGCCACAAGGAGCACAUCGCCGUCUACGGCGAGAACAACGAGCUCCGCCUCACCGGCCGCCACGAGACGGGCGCCAUCGACUCGUUCACCUACGGCGUCGCCAACCGCGGCGCCAGCAUCCGCAUCCCCCGCGAGUGCGCCGCCAAGGGCUACGGCUACUUCGAGGACAGGCGGCCCGCCUCCAACGCGGACCCGUACAACAUCUGCGGCAUCAUGAUGGAGACUUGUUUCGGCGCUGUCAAGGAGUAA